AUGGACCCCGAAAGCGGUCUCUACGCGUUCAAUCUGGACCCGUCUCCCCAGCUCAGCGCAUUAUCGCUAAGCGAUCUCAUAGACGUCUCCAUGCUCGAGGACCCCGCAAUCAAGGAAUCGUCGCGCGAACCCUCAGCGACAACGCCCGCCCCCGUCUCCGACAACCCGCUCGAUGCCCCAGAGGGCCCGCGCCCCGAGGCCGAAGAUGCAGAUGGCCAGGAGGACGAAGAAAUGGGCGGCCUUGAUGAGACGAAGAAGGACAAGGACGGCGAGGUCGUUGAUGCAGAAGCGCAGGCAAAGGCAGAUCUCCAGUCCACUGCGCGUUCACAUUUGGUCGCGCAGACAUUUGCGACUAUAAUCCCAAGCUACGCAACGUGGUUUGAUAUGCGAUACAUUGACAAUCGCGAGCGCAAGGCCCUCCCGGAGUUCUUCAACGGCCGCAAUCGAAGCAAGACGCCUGCUGUUUACCGCGAUUACCGCGAUUUCAUGGUCAACACGUACCGGCUCAACCCCGAUGAAUACCUCACUGUGACGGCCUGUCGGCGCAACUUGGCAGGCGACGUUUGCGCCAUUAUGCGCGUGCAUGCGUUCCUAGAGCAGUGGGGAUUGAUCAACUAUCAGGUCGAUCCACAGGAGCGUCCAUCAAACAUUGGCCCGCCAUCUACUGCCCACUUCCGCCAGAUGGUCGAUACGCCACGGUCGCUCCAGCCCUUCCAGCCCGCUCCCCAAGUAAAAGUGACUGAAGGGAAACCCCAUGCCGGGACUGAGCGAGCCGCCAGCCAACAACCCACCGCAAAGGCGGACACCAAAUCCUUGGUCGGAAGAAACAUCUACGAAGCAAACGGCAAGGAGGUUACUGCAGGGCCGAAAGACAAAGCCGCCAACGGGGAAGGCGCUUCUAACGGCGCUGCCGGCUCGGUGGAUCUGAAGGACCUUGAAGAAAAGGAAAAGCACCCGCCCAGGCUUAUCAAAUGCCAGAAUUGUGCGGUUGACUGCAGUCGCGUAUAUUGUGAGGAGAUAGUGGGUCCCGACCAGACGGGGCCAUUCAAGGCCUCGGGAGGGCUGAAACGCGUUUUUUGCCCACGAUGCAUACAGGAGGGCCUCUACGACCAGUCAUUGAAGUCGGAAAAUUUCCAGAUCAUCAGACAGCCCGACGCUUCAACAGGCCAGGAUCUAGAAGACAAUUGGACUGACGAGGAGGUGCUUGCCCUUCUCGAAGGGCUAGAGGCAUUCGACGAGGACUGGAACUCGGUCGCUAAUCACGUCAAAACGAAGACGCGAGAACAGUGUGUUAUGAAGUUCCUUCAACUGGAGAUUGAAGACAAGUACCUCGAGUCGGAUCUACCAGAGUCAGACAAAGCCGAACCCUCAGUCAAAUUCCUCCGUGAGCUAGAGUAUCUUUCGGAGGGACGGCUACCUAUCUACCACGGUGACAGCCCUAUCCUCAGCGUGAUCAGCUUCCUGGCCGGCCUAGCACCCCCAUCUAUUACCGAAGCCGCCGUCGCAGCUAAGAGGACCAUCCCGCAGAUGCUGGCUGAACAACAGUCCAGGAUGAAGAAAAUGGGAACGCUCCCGUCGUCCGAAAAGGAAAAGGGCAAAGAGAAAGAGAAGGACAAGACGCCGGCCGAGGCCGAAGUCAAGAAUGAGGAUGCUAUGGAAGUUGACAUAGCACAAGAGUCAAGCGUCGUCGCCGCCAAAGACACCUCAACUGCACAGUCAAAUGACACCUCCAACCCGCUCGCAGUCCUUCCCUUUGCCCUCUCCGCCGCCCGCUCCUCCGCCCUCGCCUCCCACGAAGAACGUCACAUCACGCGCCUCGUCUCGGGAGCCGUCAACCUACAACUCCAGAAGCUCCAGCUCAAAAUGGCGCACUUCAACGACUUUGAGAAGCUGCUCUCCGCUGAGCGUCGCGACCUGCAGCGCCGCCGCCAGCAGCUCUUCAUGGAUCGUCUCAACUUCCAGCGAAGAGUGCGUGCACUUGAAGACGCUACGAAGAAGAUUAGCGCGAAUCUGGGCGGCCAGGGUCUGCCCGGCGCUAUGAACCCUGAGGAUGCUGUUGCUGCGCUCACGGAGGCGAUUAGAACGUUUGGCGUCGGCAAGGGCGAGGAAGGUGCAGGCGUUAAGAGGGAUAGCGUGGAUGGGAGCGUACAGCCUAUUGCCGAGGGUGGCGACGGUUUCGGCAAGGUAGAGGUAUAA